UCUCUAGGUAAUUGCCGCAAUUUAAAGUUCACCAGUUUUCCUAAACUCGGCUUCCGGUUGAAGAAUCACACGGUUCGAACUAUUGACGUUGUCAACGAGGAUCUCUGCAUGUUUCAAUGCUACCUGGAACCUAACUGCGUCAGUUAUAACUUCUGUAAGAUAAAACAGUCGUCUGGAAAACACAAGUGUGAUCUGAAUAACGCGACUAUUGAACACGAUGAAGACCUGGUGCAAAACGGAAGUUGUAUUUACCAUGGAGCAGAGGUGAGGAUGAAUUUUAUGGGCUAAAAGUAUUAUUCAUUGUCCGAGAAAGCUUUAAUACCGGACCAAGGGAUACCCUAGCCUCUCUAACCCGUUAAUUUUACCCGCUUGUUAGGGGAACAAAUGAAUACAUGCAAGGGACCUGUCACGCCUGCAAAAAUGUCAUUUUAAAUUUAUCUCUUCCAUUCUUUCCUAAGAAUGCUUGUAAGCAGAAUCCUUGCAAGAAUAAUGCAACAUGCCAAGUUGGGUUUACAGACAGAGACUACCAGUGUUUGUGUGUUAAUGGAUCUGGAUUUAAAGGCCAUAAUUGUGACGAGGGUAAGGAAUCCUAUAUUUUUAUUAAGAAAGAAACAUAAUGUAUAGGUGAUACGCUCCUAAAGCCUCUCCCUCGAUUGAAGUUCUUUUAAGUGAUUGGGCAGACUCAUUUGAAAGGGAUGAGUACGAAACAAUCCCGAACAUGGCAAUAGUUUGAUAGUCACAGCACAUCGCAGGUGAAAGCUUUUGGCUUUCAUGGCUUGCGAGAAGGAUAAUCCAGAAUGGCACAAGUUAUUCAAAAUAAAAAUUAGGACUUACAUAUGAACAACUCUUUUGCUUCUCAUGGUUCAUCUUGGAACGAGAUUUUAUCACUCAUUUUUGUUUUUUACCCCUGUCAUUCAGUCUCAAUUUUCUUUAACGCUGUUUCUUACCCACCAUCUACACGAACAAACUGUAAUUUCUCAUUUUCCUUUCUUACGAGGCAAUGUCAACAAAACUAAGUACAAAGUCUACGCAAAGAUCAGAUGUGACCCUAUAUCUAGAUAAAACAUGAAAAUCUUUAAGGAAACCAACUUAGAUGAAGUCCAUCGUCUUCUCUUUCCUUUUAUAGACAUAGACGAGUGCUUGUCUGGUAAACACAACUGUGAGGGUAAUACGACAUGCAAUAACACCAUUGGGUCGUACUGUUUUUUCAACUAUUUUUUGUUGAUUUAGAUACCAACGAAUACACUGAAGGAAAACACGACUGUGAUGUAAAUGCUGAGUGUAACAAUACCUUGGCAUCCUACAAAUGCACUUGUAAAGAUGGAUAUGAGGGAAAUGGAACCAACUGCACAGGUCAGUAACAAGCCAAGGUAUCAAACAAUGUCAAAAUAACUCUCAUAUACUGAUGGGAUUUAAUUUUGUUGUCAUAGACAUAGAUGAGUGUUUAAAGGAAAUACACGAUUGUGAUGUGAAUGCUGUGUGUAACAACACCCAGGGAUCUUAUAAGUGCACUUGUGAAGAUGGAUUUCAAGGAAAUGGAACUAAGUGCACUGGUAACUAGUUCUGACAUAUUCACACUCCGUCUUUUAUCUUUAGUUUUUCAGAUUAGUGAGAGAAAAGGUCUCAUUUACAUUAUUUUCCUUUUCGUGUUCUAGAUCAAGAUGAGUGUAUGAACGGAACACAUGACUGUGAUUUUAAAAACUAAGUGUAACAAUACCCUAAGACCUUACAAUUGCUCGUAUAAAGAUGGAAUUCAAGGAAAUGGAACUGACUGCACACAUAACCAGUUGCAACAUACCAUACUCUCUAUUUUCUCGAUGAUACCUGUCGUGUGGCAAAAAGGAAUGACCACAAAUCAAAACUGUUUUUUGUUGAGUUAGAUACCAACGAAUGCACUGAAGGAAAACAUGAUUGUGAUGUAAAUGCUGAGUGUAACAAUACCUUGGGAUCUUACAAAUGCACUUGUAAAGAUGGAUAUGAGGGAAAUGGAACCAACUGCACAGGUCAGUAACAAGCCAAGGUACCAAACAAUGUCAAAAUAACUUUCAUAUACUGAUGGGAUUACAUUUUGUUGUCACAGACACAGAUGAGUGUUUAAAGGAAAUACACGGUUGUGAUGUGAAUGCUGUGUGUAACAAUACCCUGGGAUCUUACAAAUGCACUUGUAAAGAUGGAUAUGAGGGAAAUGGAACCAACUGCACAGGUCAGUCACAAACCAAGGUACCAAACAAUGUUUUCAUAAUUAAAAAAAGUUAACUGUCAAACUAAUUGAUGUAAACUUGGCUGCUUCAGACAAGAAACGCGGUAUUGACAACAUGUAAGUUAUUGGUUGGACAGACGCCGGCACGAGACUAGCAAAAUUGUAGGGUGCUCUGCAUGUGAACACUAUUCCAAAACUUUUGGCGUAUUGAUAGUGCUGUUUGUUUCCUCCUUUAUUUAGAGAAAUUAUGGUCUGUUAUCAUUUGCGAGGGAGGAAAUAGGACCAUAAGUUGUGAUAUUGACCAAAGAACUAUCGAAGUUGUCGAUGCAAAUUAUGGUAGACUGGACUCAAACACUUGCCAUCAUUCCAAAGUUAGCAAUACAGACUGCAAAGCUGCGAACUCUCUUUUCUUUGUGCGGUUGAAGUGCAACGAAGAAGCUAGUUGCGAGCUGCAUGCAGAUUCUUUAGUUUUUGGGGAUCCAUGCCCAGGCACACAUAAAUACUUGGAAGUCAAGUACAAGUGUGUGAAUUUAGGUUAG